UUAUUUUAUUAUUUUCACUUUUGAGACCUCGUGACAGUGGGAUACCUUCUCUCUUACAAAGCCUCUCUACUCUCUGUGUCUUUCCUUUCUCAAACUCCACUCACACAAUUCCCACCACUCCUUUUCUUAUGGCAUUUCGCCGGAUAAUCGCAACCACAUUCUUCUAUCUCCUUCGUUAAUUUCGAUUCCCUACACACACACUCAAUGGCGCUCGCGCUGGUUAUUCUUAUCUUCCUCCUUCAACUCGGUCUCAGUGCCCGAGUCAACUCGGAACCCACUCAGGACAAGCAAGCCCUCCUUGCUUUUCUAUCCAAAACCCCACACUCUAACCGUCUCCAAUGGAACGCUUCCGAUUCCGCUUGCAACUGGGUCGGUGUUCAAUGCGACGCUUCGCGUUCCUUUGUCUUUUCGCUCCGUUUACCCGCUGUUGGCCUCGUGGGUCGGGUCCCACCCGACACAAUUGGCCGUCUUUCUCAGCUUCGGGUACUUAGUCUCCGUUCCAAUGGCCUCACCGGCGAGAUCCCUUCCGAUUUCUCCAACUUGACCUUCCUUCGCAGCCUUUACCUCCAGAAGAACGAGCUCUCCGGCGAGUUUCCUCCGAGUCUGACUCGUCUCUCUCGUUUGACUCGCUUGGAUCUCUCCUCCAACAACUUCUCCGGUUCCAUCCCUUUCUCCGUCAACAACUUGACACACCUCACCGGUCUCUUCCUGGAGAACAACACCUUCUCCGGGAAAAUCCCAAGCAUCACUGCCAAAUUGAAUAGCUUCAACGUUUCCAACAAUCGCCUGAACGGUUCCAUCCCGGAAACGCUGUCGGGGUUCCCCGAAUCCUCAUUCGCCGGAAAUUUAGAUCUCUGCGGACCCCCGUUGAAACCGUGCACUCCGUUUUUUCCGGCGCCGGCGCCGUCGCCGUCGUCCAAUGCGCCGGCAAACCCUGCGAGAAAGAAGUCCAAGAAGCUCUCCACUGGCGCCAUUAUUGCAAUCGUGGUUGGGUCUGUUCUGGCUGCGUUGCUGCUGUUACUGAUUCUGCUUCUCUGCUUACGGAGGCGACAACGGCGGCAACCGGCGAAGCCCCCGAAGCCGGUGGCGGCGGCGCGUGCUGUGCCGGCGGAAGCGGGAACGUCGUCGUCGAAGGACGAUAUAACGGGGGGUUCGGCGGAGGCGGAGAGGAACAAGUUGGUGUUCUUCGAAGGGGGAAUAUACAGUUUCGAUUUGGAGGAUUUGUUAAGGGCUUCGGCGGAGGUGUUGGGGAAGGGUAGCGUUGGGACUUCGUAUAAGGCGGUGUUGGAGGAAGGGACGACGGUGGUGGUGAAGAGGUUGAAGGAUGUUGUGGUGACUAAGAAAGAGUUCGAGAUGCAAAUGGAGGUUCUGGGUAAGAUUAAGCACGAGAAUGUGGUUCCCCUCAGAGCCUUUUACUUCUCCAAGGACGAGAAAUUGCUCGUUUACGAUUACUUGUCUGCUGGUAGCUUGUCUGCUCUGCUUCACGGGAGCAGAGGGUCUGGGCGAACGCCACUAGACUGGGACAGCCGGAUGAGAAUAGCACUAGGAGCCGCAAGAGGGCUAGCAUGCCUCCACGUGUCAGGCAAGGUGGUCCACGGCAACAUCAAAUCCUCCAACAUCCUCCUCCGAGGACCAGACCAUGAUGCCUCAGUUUCCGACUUUGGCCUCAAUCCCUUGUUCGGAAACGGAGCCCCAUCCAACCGGGUGGCGGGUUAUCGGGCGCCCGAAGUCCUAGAAACCCGCAAAGUGAGCUUCAAAUCCGACGUGUACAGCUUCGGUGUGUUGCUCUUGGAGCUACUAACGGGGAAAGCACCCAACCAAGCUUCUCUUGGGGAAGAGGGUAUCGAUCUUCCGAGGUGGGUGCAGUCGGUGGUACGCGAAGAGUGGACCGCGGAGGUGUUCGAUGCUGAGCUGAUGAGGCUGCAUAACAUCGAGGACGAGAUGGUUCAGCUGUUGCAAAUUGCGAUGGCUUGUGUUUCGGUGGUCCCUGAUCAGAGGCCUAACAUGCCGGACGUGGUGCGUAUGAUUGAGGACGUGAACCGAGGCGAGACCGAUGACGGGUUGCGACAGUCUUCCGAUGAUCCUUCGAAAGGAUCCGAGGGUCAUACGCCACCCCCCGAGUCAAGGACUCCACCUAGGUCCCGCACACCUUAACAAAAGCCUUUAUUGUUGAAAUUCAAAAAAGAGAAAAAAGAGGAAAGGACAAGACAAGGUGGUGGGUCGCUCUUAAAAAUAUGUGAAUUAUGGCGCGCUCUUUCUUCCUUCAUUGGGUUCCAGUGUGGCCCUGUUCUUUUUUCUUUCGCUCAUGCAUUUUAUUUCAUUUUUUCUUUUUUUCUUUUAUUAAUUUCAAUGAUUUUUACAGGUGGGAGUUUGAAAAUUGUCCAUGAAGUGAAAAAGGGGGGGAGUUCCAUUCCAUGAACCGAUUGAGAUUGACCAUUUCAUGAUAUUUAAUUGCCAUUUUCCUCAUUUCCUAACGUUAAUUCUUUAUAAUUGUUAGUAUUUUUUGGUCCAAAAUUGAGCUUAUCUCUCCAUUUCGUCUUGAUACAAUUGUCGUACCUCGCCAAUGCUAUGUCAGCAUGUGCAUAUAUUUCUUUUUAAUCCAAAGCGGACCAGUUGUUGGGAAAUCAUUGCAAAAACUGUGUAAUCAUCCACCACGUCACUCGUUCUCUGAUUACGCAGGUACCAAUUUACCAAACCAACUUUUGAUCAAUUAGCAUUGACCUAAAGUGAAGAGGCACGCGCGCUUCUCCUUACGGUGGUGCGAGUGUGGUCCGUAUUCACGUGUUUGUAACUCACAUGUGCACCGGGAGUGGUGGGAAAUUUUCUCCUAAUUACAUAAUUGCCCUUGAUGUUGUGUGUCCAUUUGUGAGGAAACGGGUGGAAAACAGGCUGGCUGGACUUUUCUGACAAAUAAAGAGCGUUUGACCCAACCAUAGCGUCUGAGCCGUUGAUGCAUUGGACUAUGGACCCCUCAAAUUAAUCUAAUCUCACGGCUACAACGCCACUGUCCCCGUUUCGUCUCCGAAUCACGUACCCACCCCAUGCGGGUCUCAUACGUACAAUGUGUCCCCGUAUUAGGAUUAGUCUCAAACUAACGGACAGAGGCAAAGGCAUUUCAUUUUAAUGUUAAUUAAGGUGCGUUUUAAGUGAGGUGUUACUGUGGAUUUAAGAACAAACUGUUAUCGUUGU